AUGCAACCCAAUUUUCAAAUGCCCUAUAUGAUGCAACCAAAUUUUGGCAUGCAAUACCCUUAUCUUCCUUAUGGGUAUCAACCAUCUCCUGGAAACAGCUAUGUUCCUUCCCAUAUGAACGUUCCAAAUCCGGAGUCGAGCCAGCCAACGACUCCUCGUUUCAGUAGUGGAUCGACAGACAUCCCAGAUUUUUCCACCCAGGUAUCUUUGGGAAAUGUUGGUGGGGAUACUCCCCAUAGUUUUCUACCUCCAACCCAACAAUCAGUCAAGAAAACUACUUACGAUACUUGGAGCACCGAAGACAACAUCCUUUUGCUAACUGGUUAUUUUCACGUUAGCAAUGAUAGUGAAUUGGGUAACAAUAAAAAAGGUGACACCUUUUGGGGUAAAAUUAAAGACUACGUGAAUGAGAACUCCAAUAGUGGGGAAAAAAGGACCGUAGCUCGAUGCCAGAGUCAUUUCCGUGACAUUAACAGAAAGAUAAGCAGUUUUGUUGGCUGUUACAGUACUGCUUGUAGAGAGAGGCGUAGUGGUUGGUCUGAUAAAAACUACAUAUCCAAGGUGGUGCGAAAUCAACCCAGAUAUAUGACUGGAACAAAUGCAUCGGGUAGUAGUGGCUCUAAAAGAAAGAGUAGUGGCGAAGAUGUUGAAUCCUCCAUUCCUACCCUUGUCCGUCCAGAGGGUAGGGAUGCAAGAAAGAAGAAAGUUAGAGCUUCCUCUAGUAAAUCAUCCACUUCAAGGAAAUCAAAAGUGGCAAUUGAAGAUGAGUUCUCCAAUCUAGCAUCUGUUCGUGAAAACUAUCAACAAUCUAUGGAAAGUACUGUUUCAGCGAUGUUGGAGUACGCCGCAGGUCAGAAACAAGCUGCUUAUGCUAAGAAGUUGGAGGUGUGGAUGAUCUUGAAGAACAAAGAAGAUCGUGAUGAAGAAGAUGAGUAUGUUUAUAACACGUUGAAGAAGGAUCUGUUUGAUCUUUAA